GGGGAGGACGGCGGCGGCGCUGCGACUUUUGAAGUCCAAACUGUCGUCGGGGCUGGUGCCGCGCGCUGCCUCCGGGCGCCCGCUUCGCCUCCCGCGUCCUGCCUGGCUGCCCGGGUCCCCGCGGACCUUGGGUCGCUUUCAGGAGUUUAGAGAAAGCCAGGUCUUCACGUUCUUGUUGGUUGGAAACCUUAACGAAUUGCAGAGCGCAACAAAGGGAACGAGAACCCGGGCGCCUUCGCAGCCGGAGCGGAAGCCGGAGUUGGCUGCGGCCCGCGUGCCCUCCCUGUCCGUGGGGCCCAGACGCGCGGGGACACCCCUGCCCCUCCACGCAUCCACUGAGUCUCUCUCUCCCUCCCUUGUCCUAGCCAUGGAAGGGCUGGAGGAGGCAGAGGCCAACUGCUGCGUGGCAUUCGCCGAGGCUCAGAGAUGGGUGGAGGCAGUGACAGAGAAGAAUUUUGAAACAAAAGAUUUUCGAGCCUCUCUAGAAAACGGUGUUCUGCUGUGUGAUUUGAUUAAUAAGCUUAAACCUGGCGUCAUUAAGAAGAUCAAUAGACUGUCUACACCAAUAGCAGGAUUGGAUAAUAUAAACGUUUUCUUGAAAGCUUGUGAACAGAUUGGAUUGAAAGAAGCCCAGCUUUUCCAUCCUGGAGAUCUACAGGAUUUAUCAAAUCGAGUCACUGUCAAGCAAGAAGAGACUGAUAGGAGAGUGAAAAAUGUUUUGAUAACAUUGUACUGGCUGGGAAGAAAAGCACAAAGCAACCCAUACUAUAAUGGUCCCCAUCUUAAUUUGAAAGCGUUUGAGAAUCUUUUAGGACAAGCCCUGACGAAGGCACUUGAAGACUCCAGCUUCCUGAAAAGAAGUGGCAGGGACAGUGGCUACGGUGACAUCUGGUGUCCUGAACGUGGAGAAUUUCUGGCUCCUCCAAGGCACCAUAAGAGAGAAGAUUCCUUUGAAAGCUUGGACUCUUUGGGCUCGAGGUCAUUGACAAGCUGCUCCUCUGAUAUCACGUUGAGAGGGGGGCGUGAAGGUUUUGAAAGUGACACAGAUUUGGAAUUUACAUUCAAGAUGCAAGAUUAUAAUAAAGAUGAUAUGUCGUAUCGAAGGAUUUCGGCUGUUGAGCCAAAGACUGCGUUACCCUUCAAUCGUUUUCUACCCAACAAAAGUAGACAGCCAUCCUAUGUACCAGCACCUCUGAGGAAGAAAAAGCCGGACAAACAUGAGGAUAACAGAAGAAGCUGGGCAAGCCCGGUUUAUACAGAAGCAGAUGGAACAUUUUCGAGUAAUCAGAGGAGGAUUUGGGGCACCAAUGUGGAGAACUGGGCAACUGUACAAGGAACUUCAAAGUCCUCUUGUUAUUUGGAAGAGGAAAAAGCAAAGACAAGAAGCAUACCCAACAUUGUAAAGGAUGAUCUUUAUGUGCGCAAGCUCAGUCCAGUCAUGCCAAACCCAGGGAAUGCUUUUGAUCAGUUUCUUCCCAAAUGUUGGACCCCGGAAGAUGUGAACUGGAAAAGAAUAAAAAGGGAAACUUAUAAGCCAUGGUAUAAAGAAUUUCAGGGAUUCAGUCAGUUUUUACUGCUUCAGGCCCUCCAAACAUACUCUGAUGACAUCUUGUCUUCUGAAACACAUACCAAAAUUGAUCCCACUUCUGGCCCAAGGCUCAUAACCCGCAGGAAGAAUCUCUCUUAUGCACCAGGCUAUAGAAGAGAUGACCUGGAGAUGGCGGCCCUGGAUCCUGACUUAGAGAAUGAUGAUUUCUUUGUCAGAAAGACUGGGGCUUUCCAUGCAAAUCCAUAUGUUCUCCGAGCUUUUGAAGACUUUAGAAAGUUCUCUGAGCAAGAUGACUCUGUAGAACGAGAUAUAAUUUUACAGUGUAGAGAAGGUGAACUUGUACUUCCGGAUUUGGAAAAAGAUGAUAUGAUUGUUCGCCGAAUUCCAGCACAGAAGAAAGAAGUACCGCUGUCCGGGGCUCCAGAUAGAUACCACCCAGUCCCUUUCCCCGAACCCUGGACUCUUCCUCCAGAAAUUCAAGCAAAAUUUCUCUGUGUACUUGAAAGGACAUGCCCAUCCAAAGAAAAAAGUAAUAGCUGUAGAAUAUUAGUUCCUUCAUAUCGGCAGAAGAAAGAUGACAUGCUGACACGUAAGAUUCAGUCCUGGAAACUGGGAACCGCCGUGCCUCCCGUCAGUUUCACCCCUGGCCCCUGCAGUGAGGCCGACUUGCAGAGAUGGGAGGCUAUCCGGGAGGCCAGCAGACUUAGGCACAAGAAAAGGCUGAUGGUGGAGAGACUCUUUCAAAAGAUUUAUGGUGAGAAUGGGAGUAAGUCCAUGAGCGAUGUCAGCGCAGAGGAUGUUCAAAACUUGCGUCAGCUGCGUUACGAGGAGAUGCAGAAAAUAAAAUCACAAUUAAAAGAACAAGAUCAGAAAUGGCAGGAUGACCUUGCAAAAUGGAAAGAUCGUCGAAAAAGUUACACUUCAGAUCUGCAGAAGAAAAAAGAAGAGAGGGAAGAAAUUGAAAAGCAGGCACUUGAGAAGUCUGAGAGAAGCUCUAAGACGUUUAAGGAAAUGCUGCAGGACAGGGAAUCCCAAAAUCAAAAGUCUACAGUUCCUUCGAGAAGGAGAAUGUAUUCUUUUGAUGAUGUGCUGGAUGAAGAAAAGCGACCCCCUACACUGACUGUGUCAGAAGCAAGUUACCGGAGUGAGAGAGUAGAAGAGAAGGGAACAACUUAUCCUUCAGAAAUUCUCAAAGAAGAUUCUACAACUUUUGCAAAAAGAGAGAACAGUGUAACAACUGAAAUUCAGCUUCCUUCUCAAAGUCCUGUGGAAGAACAACGCCCAGCCUCUUUGUCUUCUCUGCGUUCACUGAGCACACAAAUGGAGUCGACUCGUGUUUCAGCUUCUCUCCCCAGAAGUUACCAGAAAACUGAUACAAUCAGGUUAACAUCUGUGGUCACACCAAGACCUUUUGGCUCUCAGACAAGGGGAAUCUCAUCACUCCCCAGAUCUUACACGAUGGAUGAUGCUUGGAAGUAUAAUGGAGAUGUUGAAGACAUUAAGAGAACUCCAAACAAUGUGGUCAGCACCCCUGCACCAAACUCGGAUGCAAGCCAACUGGCUUCAAGCUCAUCUAGCCAGAGAGAGGUAGCAGCAACAGAAGAAGAUGUGACAAGGCAGCCCUCUCCUACAUCCCCCUUCUCAUCUCUUUCCCAAGACCAGGCUGCCACUUCUAAAGCCACACUGUCUUCCACAUCUGGUCUUGAUUUAAUGUCUGAAUCUGGAGAAGGGGAAAUCUCCCCGCAAAGAGAAGUCUCAAGAUCCCAGGAUCAGUUCAGUGAUAUGAGAAUCAGCAUAAACCAGACGCCUGGGAAGAGUCUUGACUUUGGGUUUACAAUAAAAUGGGAUAUUCCUGGGAUCUUCGUAGCAUCAGUUGAAGCAGGUAGCCCAGCAGAAUUUUCUCAGCUACAAGUAGAUGAUGAAAUUAUUGCUAUUAACAACACCAAGUUUUCAUAUAAGGAUUCAAAAGAGUGGGAGGAAGCCAUGGCUAAGGCUCAAGAAACUGGACAUCUAGUGAUGGAUGUGAGGCGCUAUGGAAAGGCUGACUGGGGCAAAGACCAACCUUCCCUGCCAUUUAUACGGCAUAAAACCCUCAAUCUCACCAGUAUGGCUACCAAAAUUAUAGGUUCACCUGAGACAAAGUGGAUUGAUGCAACUUCUGGAAUUUACAACUCAGAAAAAUCUUCAAAUCUAUCUAUAACAACCGAUUUCUCCGAAAGCCUUCAGAGUUCUAAUAUUGAAUCCAAAGAAAUCAAUGGAAUUCAUGAUGAAAGCAAUGCUUUUGAAUCAAAAGCAUCUGAAUCCAUUUCUUUGAAAAACUUAAAAAGGCGAUCACAAUUUUUUGAACAAGGGUCAUCAGGCUUUUCUUACAGUUCAUGGGUCUACCUCUGUGGAAGCUCUGAUUCGGUGGUUCCUGAUCUUCCAGUUCCAACCAUCAGUGCCCCGAGUCGCUGGGUGUGGGAUCAAGAGGAGGAGCGGAAGCGGCAGGAGAGGUGGCAGAAGGAGCAGGACCGCCUACUGCAGGAAAAAUAUCAACGUGAGCAGGAGAAACUGAGGGAAGAGUGGCAAAGGGCCAAACAGGAGGCAGAGAGAGAGAAUUCCAAGUACUUGGAUGAGGAACUGAUGGUCCUAAGCUCAAACAACAUGUCUGUGACCACACGGGAGCCCUCUCUUGCCACCUGGGAAGCUACCUGGAGUGAAGGGUCCAAGUCUUCAGACAGGGAAGGAACCCGAGCAGGAGAAGAGGACAGGAGACAGCCACAAGAGGAAGUUGUUCAUGAGGACCAAGGAAAGAAGCCGCAGGAUCAGCUUGUUAUUGAGAGAGAGAGGAAACGGGAGCAAGAGCUUCAGGAAGAGCAAGAGCAGAAGCGGCUUCAGGCUGAGGCUGAGGAGCAGAAGCGCCCUGCGGAGGAGCAGAAGCACCAGGCAGAGAUAGAGCGGGAAACGUCAGUCAGAAUAUACCAGUACAGGAGGCCUGUUGAUUCCUAUGAUACACCAAGGAGAGAAGAAGCAUCUUCAGGUUUUCUUCCUAAUGACAGGAAUAAAUCCAGAUCUACUACUGAACUGGAUGAUUACUCCACAAAUAAAAAUGGAAGCAAUAAAUAUUUUGACCGAAUUGGGAACACGACCUCUUCACAGAGGAGUUCCAAGAAAGAGCAAGUACCAUCAGGAGCAGAGUUGGAGAGGCAGCAAAUCCUUCAGGAAAUGAGGAAGAGAACACCCCUUCACAAUGACAACAGCUGGAUCCGACAGCGCAGUGCCAGUGUCAACAAAGAGCCUGUUAGUCUUCCUGGGAUCAUGAGAAGAGGCGAAUCUUUAGAUAACCUGGACUCCCCUCGGUCCAGUUCUUGGAGACAGCCCCCUUGGCUCAAUCAGCCCACAGGAUUCUAUGCCUCUUCCUCCGUGCAAGACUUUAGUCGCCCACCACCUCAGCUGGUGUCCACAUCAAACCGCGCCUACAUGCGGAACCCCUCCUCCAGCAUGCCCCCGCCUUCAGCCGGCCCUGUGAAGACCUCCACCACAGGUGUGGCCACCGCACAGUCCCCCACCCCGAGAAGCCAUUCCCCUUCAACUUCACAGUCAGGCUCUCAGCUGCGCAACAGGUCAGUCAGUGGGAAGCGCAUAUGCUCCUACUGCAAUAACAUUCUGGGCAAAGGAGCCGCCAUGAUCAUCGAGUCCCUGGGUCUUUGUUAUCAUUUGCAUUGUUUUAAGUGUGUUGCCUGUGAGUGUGACCUCGGAGGCUCUUCCUCGGGAGCUGAAGUCAGAAUCAGAAACCACCAGCUGUACUGCAACGACUGCUAUCUCAGAUUCAAAUCUGGACGGCCAACCGCCAUGUGAUGUAAACCUCCAUACGAAAGCACUGUUGCAGAUAGAAGAAGAGGUGGUUGCUGCUCGUGUAGAUCUAUAAAUAUGUGUUGUAUGUCUUUUUUGCUUUUUUUUUUUUUUAAAAAGAAUAACUUUUUUGCCUCUUUAGAUUGCAUAGAAGCAUUGUAGUCUUGGUAGAACCAGUAUUUUUGUUGUUUAUUUAUAAGGUAAUUGUGUGUGGGGAAAAGUGCAGUAUUUACCUGUUGAAUUCAGCAUCUUGAGAGCACAAGGGAAAAAAUAAGAACUUAAGAAUAUUUUUGAGGCAGAUAAUGAUCUGGUUUGACUUUCUAGUUAGUGGUGUUUUGAAGAGGGUAUUUUAUUGUUUUUUAAAAAAGUUCUUAAACAUUAUUUCAAAUAGUUAAUAUAAAUACAUAAUUGCAUUUGCUCUGUUUAUUGUAAUGUAUUCUAAAUUAAUGCAGAACCAUAUGGAAAAUUUCAUUAAAAUCUAUCCCCAAAUGUGCUUUCUGUAUCCUUCCUUGUACCUAUGUAUUCUGAUUUUUAAAAAAUGCAGUUAAUGUACCAUUUAUUUGCUUGAUGAAGGGAGCUCUAUUUUCUUUACCAGAAAUGUUGCUAAGUGAUUACCAAUAGAAAGCUGCUUAUUUUCAUUAAUGAAAAAUAACCAUGGUUUGUAUACUAGAAGUCUUCUCCAGAAACUGGUGAACCUUUCUGUUCAAUUGCAUUUGUAAAUAAACUUGCGGAUGCAUUUAA